UUAUGUAUUGUUGUUCAUGCUAAAUGACGAAAUUCAAAGUAGUGAUGGUGUUAGUGGUUCCUAAGAAGCCGGCGUCUUGACACAAUUUCCUGUUGUUGGUUCGAUUCGUCAUCAAAGUAUGACGUAUAACGCGAUAUUGGAAAAAAAUGAUAAGAAUUUUAACAUAAUUCGUACAAAAUAAUUCUACGUGUGUAGCGACCGUAUCGACCGGGCUUAACCUCACCAGAUUCACAGGAAAGAAAAAUUAAUGCCGCGUAGUUACUCGCAUGUGAAAUGAUGUGAAAUCAGUUUUGCACGCUAAGGAAUAGCGGCAAUGUUUUUCAACAAGGUUCGAUAAGAUGUGAAAUACACUACGGAUAAGGAAAGGCUACAACACAGAACGGGCAAGUUUGGUCUCCAAAAUGAUAUCCCAAAUGUCACACGUAAUGACCCUCGCCAACAGCAUCAUUGGCGUGAGCGUUCUGGCAAUGCCCUUCUGCUUCAAGCAGUGUGGCAUAGUGUUGGCCGUUUUGGUGCUGCUUCUGUGCAGCAUCUUAUCCCGAUUGGCCUGUCACUUUCUCAUCAAAUCGGCUGUGAUAUCCAGAAGACGUAACUUCGAACUGCUUGCUUUUCAUGCGCUCGGCCAUAUGGGAAAAUUCCUGGUAGAGCUAUUCAUCAUUGGUUUCAUGCUGGGCACAUGCAUUGCCUACUUUGUCGUCGUUGGCGAUCUGGGGCCACAAAUAAUCUGCAAGAUGAUGAGCAAGAAUCCAGCGGACAUUCGUACCAGUCUGUUAAUUUUUACUAGUGUCUUUAUAGUCCUGCCCCUGGGAUUACUUCGAAAUAUCGACAGUUUGGCUAGCAUUUGUACCGCCACCAUUGUCUUCUAUGUUUGUCUUGUGUUAAAGGUCAUGGGCGAAUCGGCCCUACAUAUUUUCAUGGGAGACUGGUUUAACAGUGUUAAUUAUUGGAGACCAGCCGGUAUCCUCCAAUGCUUGCCGAUAUUCGCCAUGGCCCUUUUCUGUCAGACGCAGCUGUUUGAAAUAUACGAAACCAUUCCGAAUGUAUCCUUAGAGAAGAUGAACGAUGUUGUACGGGGAGCGUUAAAUAUAUGUACAAUUGUAUAUAUGUGCGUUGGCUUGUUUGGUUACAUUGCAUUCUGUACCCAACCGUUCACAGGAAAUAUUUUACUGAGUUUUGAACCUAGCAUAACGUCAGAAUUGAUUAAACUGGGAUUCGUGUUCUCGGUUGCAUUUAGUUUUCCUCUAGUCAUAUUUCCGUGUCGUGCAAGCUUGAAUUCUCUUUUAUUUCGCCGGGUGUACACCCAUGAACCGUCUGUCAAUUAUUUGCCAGAAAUCAGGUUUCGAUGUCUCACUAUUGUGAUAGUCAGCAUCUCUUUGAUUAUUGGUAUUCUAGUACCAAAUAUAGAAUUCGUUCUCGGUAUCGUAGGAUCGACAAUCGGUGUGAUGAUUUGCUUGAUAUUCCCGACAGUAUUCUUCAUAUCUAUCAGCAGUAAAAAUACCAAUGAAAGACUAAUAGCGCAGACCAUUUUAAUCAUCGGUGUUUGGAUCAUGAUCCUCGGUACGUACGCCAAUUUGUAUGCUAUGGAGGAGUCAACAAACGCAAAAUUGGCGGUGACCAAUAAGCCGCUCGGCCAAAUUAAUAAUUUACCGUUAAGUAUAAUUAAGGACGACUUACAUAUCAUUCCCGAUCUUUCCAACAGUCUGGAACUCAUUCCCAGAGCAAAAGACAAAAUUAAUCAAAUGCCCGAAAUAAAUAUUCCCGACAAAACGUUGGAUCUGAAAAUGAAAGAUGUUCGACAGGAACCGCCAAUACCCGUUGAGCGUAUGAUCGUCAGCGAGAAGCCAAAUGUCGAAAAAUCUGAUAAAAUAGCAGUAGACUCUCUUGUGCCAGAAAUAAAAAAUAUAGUUGAAAUAAAAAACAAUAAUUUAAAUGCGCAAGCAGCACAGAUUGUCCUGAAUACUGAUAACGCUAAAAUCGAUGAAUCCAUUACUUUGAAGGCGGAAGAAAAGAUAAAAAUAAUUGAGGAAAAGGAGCAAUCCAUGGACUUGCAGAAGAACGAUAAUCUCAUUAAUUUGGAUGCAAUAAAAAAAUUGGAGUCGGAGUUGGCAGCUGAUGGGGAUAUCGCUAAUGCCAGAGCCGCCGAACGACACGAGGAACUCAGAAAAACAUUAGAGAAACAUAAACUAGAGCAACGACAGAUGAUGCAGGAGCAAAAGGAGAUUCUGAAGGAUAUCAAAGAACAAAAGCAGGAAUUUGAGAGAGAGAAACAGAGAAUGGCAAAAGGCGAGAUACUAAAAAAGAAUGAAAAUGUACAAAUUGACUUGAAGGAAAAUGUUCUGCCAGAGAGCAAAGAUAAUAGUAAAAAAAUUGAAGAAAAUGAUAAAAAGGCUAUGGAUGAAAUUAUCAUCGAAAAAAGUAAUAAGGAUCCUUUAAAAGGGGCUGAAUUGAGUAAUGCAGACAAAAUACAAUUAAAUAAAAAGCAACAGUCUCAUGAUGAUAAUAAUAAUAUAGACAUCGAAGUUGAAGAGAACGAAAAAAAAUUACCUUUGCUUUACGAAAUUUCUCAAAAUAAGAAUGUAGAAGAAUCACAGAAAAUAUCAGAAAAUACUCCAGAUAAAUUUCUGUCUGUUAAAGAGGCAAUCGUUGAUCGAGAAACACCCGAGAAAUCAUUACAGAGAGAAAAUCAGGACAAGACAAAAGUAGAAGAAACAGAAUUUAACAAUUCGGAAAAUAUGAAGGGCCCUAUUUUAAAUUUCUUAUCGAAAGGAAUUUUACAAAAGACAGUUAUAGAAGAGGAACUUGCUAAAGAGAAUAAUAAUCGCCAGAAGGAAGAGAAGAGAGCGAUUCUUACGAAUGAAGUUGCGAACACAUCGGACAAAUUACAAGGAAAGUACGAUGAUAAAUAUUCCGUACCUAUAGCGUUAAAAAUGAUGAAUCAAUCAAAAUUGGACAAGGUAAUCGUUUCAUCGUUGAAUAAGAGCGAGGUUCUCGCUAUACACCGAGAUAUUCUAGAAAAUAACGAACGUGAGAAGAGAGAUGUCGACCGAGAAAUAAACACAAACGAAACGAGAAUCAACGACGAUCAUUUAGCUGAGAAGUCUGAAACUCUUGACAAAGACGUCGGCGAUGCGGAUAGCGAGACCUGUUCGAAGAAAUUGCGGGAAAGUUCGAAAAAAUCAGAGGCAGAAACGGAAUUUGAAAAAAGAGUAAAUAAACAGAGUACAACUGAAGUGCCUCUGAUCAACACAAAUCUCUAUUUGUCCGAACAGAGAAUCAUGAAGACGAUUUCUAUGGAUCAGCAUGCUGCUCUAGACUCAGAGUAUGCGAGUAUGAAGCAGGAAGAUUCAAAGGUUCUCAAUCCUAAAGAUAAAACUGAGAUAUAAAUAUAUAAUUCAAAAGAAUCGAAUUCAUACAGCAUAAUAUUAGAUAUUAUUACAGCAUAAUAUUAUAUAUAAUCGCGGAUUACUCGUUGUUUCCCCUCCGAGUCUCGUUGCAUUUAUUUAUGUUCAUACAAUUACAUUAUUAACAAGGAGAUACUAUGGCGUGAACCCUUCAGAUUUUAAUAAUAUUGAGGUGUUAUUUUUUGCAACAAAUUCUAUCUAGUUUCUUGAGGAGGAAAGAAUUUUCAUGGGCAUUAUUGCCAAAUUAAAUGCUUAUUAGCAUUAUUUAAUUAUUAAAUUGACUGUAAUAAUGUGAUAUUACUAUUUCUUGUUCAACGUAGAACUGUGUUUUAAGACCAAAAAUUUAUUCAGCGCAUAGUUUCGUAGAUUUAAAAGGUAUAUAAAACGUAUAUAAAAUUACGUAAUAAAUAUUAGCACUAAGAUCUAGCUACAACCGAUAAAGCAUUUCAAUUGUUUAUUUUGUGUCUUCAUACAUCGGUCGAAAUCGGUUCUCUAUUAAAAUAUAAUUUAAUAAUUUAUUAUUUAUAUUUUUUUUAACUCCGAUUUUUUCAAAAACACUUGAGAUGCGCGCUUUUUCCUUUUGCUUAAUAAAAAUUUAUAUUAAGAAUUAUUCAUACAAAUAAUAUUAAAAUCUAUGGGGACCAUAUUGUAGUGUUCCCUUAUAAAUUUAAAGUUUUGCAAUUUGGAAGAAUUUCUACUCUCAGAUAAGUAUACUAGGGUAUCGUGAUGAUUUGAUAUUUAUAAUUUGUAUAAAUGCAAUUAUUAAUGACUGCUGUAUAUAUUACCUCACAUUACAUUUUAUUUUUUAUGGUGUAACAAUUGUAAAAAUAAUGCAAAUAGUCUACAAUAUUUAAUUAAGUAUAGGACCAAAAAUGCAAAUGUAUUUUUACACAGUAAUUCGAGUCUCGCUACAAAUCGUUUAAUUUAGACUUUAAAUAAAGAUAUUUCAAUUUAA